AUGACACCAACUGCAUUGAAACAAAAACCAGCUAGUCAUCCAAAUUCGUUUGAGAAGCCGUCUAUGGAGUUGCUGAGCGAGAAGAGGUCGGUGGGCUCGGAGUUUGGGGAAGGGAACAACAUAGUGGACUUGGUGAGGUCAAAGAUAAAGGGGAAAGAAGGGUUGAACGACGAGCUAGACAAGGACGCCGGCGGGUCGAUCCCGUCGGUGAGAGAGGAGAUGAUGCAGAUGCUCAGGAUCGCGUUGUUGUGCACCAGCAGGAACCCGGCGGACCGACCAUGGAUGAGGGAAGUGGUGUUGAUGCUGCAGGAGGUCAAGCCGAAGAGGAAGUUGCCCGGCGGUAGUGGAGGGGCGGGGAGUGUGGUAGUUAGUAGCUUACGCCAGCGGCGGCGACGGCGGUGA